GACGCAUAGCCCCCACCAAGUGGUUUUCUGCUCUGCAUGCGUGCCCUUACUCGCGGCCCUCUCAAUCUUUUCAGUUCUUCCUCCCACUCUUUCAGUAGGCCGUGGGCGACUCAUUGCAUUUUCCUUUCCUUGACUCAGUCCUGGGCAGUCACAUCCACUACCACAGUCGCAGCUUCCCCACGAAAUAGCUCGCGAACCAAUCCUCUCGCGCACUCUCGCCUCUCAUUACGCGCAUACAAAAGUCGCGGACCGCUUAUCGCCGGCACAGCCCGUCGCCACUACUCUCAAACCGACACUCGACCCUUCGCGCCUUUUGGCAAUAUCGACGCGUCAACGCUCUCAGCACUCAGUAUGGAGGAGCUCAGCAAGACACUCAAGGGCCUCGGCCUUGAGCAGGUUCCCCAGGAGCCGAACACAUACCCUGAACUGAACCCUUUUGACAUUUACCGAAGCCACAUCACUGAGCUUCUGGCAGAGGUCUCUGGCGUCGACAAGAAGAUCAUAUACCCCACACUUGCAUGGACAGCGAAGCCUGAGAACGGCGACCUGCAGCUUGCUGUUCCUGCGCUACGGCUCAAGGGCAAGGAUCUGAAGGCGUACGCGCAGGAGCUGGCAGACAAGUUCCCUGAGAGCCCUCUUGUUAAGAAGCCUGUUGUCACCGGCACUUUCGUUGGUUUCUUCUUCAAGCCUGAGUCGCUCACAUCCAUUGUUCUCCCCUUGGUCUUCAAGGCAGGUCAGAGCUAUGGUUUCAAUAAAAGCUUUGGAUUAAAGGAAGAUGGCACAAAGAAGAAGAUGGUCAUUGACUUCAGUUCGCCCAACAUCGCCAAGCCCUUCCACGCCGGUCACUUGCGAUCCACAAUCAUCGGUGGCUUCCUGUCGAACCUUUACGAGGGCAUGGGCUGGGAUGUCGUCCGUUUAAACUACCUUGGUGAUUGGGGCAAGCAGUAUGGUGUUUUGGCUAUCGGUUUUGACUACUUUGGCUCUGAAGAGGAGCUCGUUAAGAACCCUAUUGGCCACCUUUACGACAUCUAUGUCAAGGUCAGCAACAUUCAAAAGAAUGAGGCAGACAAGGCCAAGGCUCUCAAGGCCGAGGUCGCUAAGGACAAGGAGGAGGGCAAGGACACAUCUGCAAAGGAGGCCGAGAUCACUAAGAUCGAGACCGAGGGUAUCGACGAAAAGGCUAGGCAGUACUUCAAGGGUAUGGUUGAUGGUGAGCCCAAGGCCAUUGGCAUCUGGAAACGUUUCCGAGAACUGUCGAUCGAGAAGUACAAGCAGACAUACGCCCGCCUGAACAUCCACUACGACGUAUACAGCGGAGAGUCGCAGAUUAAGGACGAGUCAAUGGGCCUUGGUGUCAAGGUCAUGUGGGAGAAGAAGGUGUGCGAGGACUCUGAGGGCGCUGUCAUCGUCGACCUCACCAAGCACUCGAAGAAGCUCGGAAAGGCGGUCGUCCAGAAGAAGGACGGCACAUCGCUCUACCUCACCCGUGACAUUGGUGCUGCGUAUGAGCGCAUGCAGACAUACCAUCCCGACAAGCUCAUGUACGUCGUUGCGUCGCAGCAAGAUCUCCACCUUGCCCAGCUCUUCAAGAUCGAAGAGCUCAUGGGCUGGAAGGAAAUCUCCUCCAUCUCUCAGCACAUCAACUUCGGUAUGGUCCUCGGUAUGUCGACACGAAAGGGCACUGCCAAGUUCCUUGACGACAUCCUUCGCGACGUCGGCGAGAAGAUGCACGAGGUCAUGCGCGGCAACCAGGCCAAGUACGAGCAGGUCGAGGACCCAGAGAAGACAUCUGAUACCCUCGGUAUCUCCGCGGUCAUGGUCCAGGACAUGAAGGGCAAGAGGAUCAACAACUAUAACUUCGACAUGGACCGCAUGUGCUCGUUCGAGGGUGACACAGGGCCGUACCUGCAGUACGCUCACGCCCGUUUGUGCUCGAUCUACAGGAAGGCUGUCGAUGCCGAUCCUUCGCUGAAGGACAUCGACCUUACCACAGUCGACCUCAGCGAGCUCCAGGAGCCCCACGCUGUUGACCUCAUCCGUCAGCUUGCUUCGUGGCCCGACACAUUUCUCAAUACCUUCAAAACACAGGAGCCCACUACCGUCCUUACAUACCUCUUUAAGAUGUCGCACGCUGUCAGCGCAAGUUACGAUCACCUUCAGGUAGUGUCCAGCGAUAAGAAGGUCAACCUCCCCAGGCUGGCGUUGUAUGUUGCGGCUAGGCAGGUGUUGAACAACGGCAUGAGGGUACUUGGCCUCAGCCCUGUCGAGAGGAUGUAAGAUGUUGCGG